AUUUAUAGGCGACAUCUCAGUGAAGAUCUCACGCUUCUAAUACCCACUCACACUUCCACACACGAUAUCAUGCGCUGAGAAAACCACUCACUAGCAAAUACUUCCCAACAACAAGAAGGGUGCUGAGGCCAAAUUCAAGCAGAUUUCCGAAGCCUAUGACUUCAAGAAAUGCCGACGACAUAUUAGCGGAGUUCUUCGGCGGCAGUGGAAUGAGGGGCGGGCCUAGAGGGUUCGGUGGGUCCAUUUUCGGUGAGGACAUGUUCAGCCCAUUCGGUGGUGGAGACGGCCGCCCAAUGAGCUCCGCUCCCAUAAAGGCGCCACCGAUCGAGACGAAGCUGCCUUGCAGCUUGGAAGACCUCUACAAAGGAGCUACAAAGAGGGUGAAAAUCUCCAGAGAGAUAUCCAACGCCACUGGGAAGACAUUGCCAGUGGAGGAGAUUCUGACCAUUGACAUAAAGCCUGGGUGGAAGAAGGGAACAAAGAUCACAUUCCCGGAGAAAGGGAAUGAGCAACCGCAUGUGAUUCCUUCGGAUUUAGUGUUCAUAAUCGACGAGAAGCCCCACCGUGUGUUCACGCGAGAUGGUAACGAUCUAAUUGUAACGCAGAAGAUACCUCUGGCAGAAGCAUUGACGGGAUAUACACUUCACCUCACCACAUUGGAUGGAAGAAACUUGACUCAUCCUAUAAACACAGUCAUCCAUCCCACCUAUGAAGAGGUGAUUCCAAGAGAAGGGAUGCCUUUGCCUAAAGAUCCCACCAAAAGGGGCAAUCUGAGGAUCAAAUUCAACAUUAAGUUCCCAACUAGGCUGACGCCUGCGCAAAAAUCUUGAAUCAAGAAUCUUCUUUCUGCUUGAUUACCCUCUUUUUCACUGUGUGUUUCUUGACUGCUGGAGUUUUUAAGAAUAUAUGUACAUUUUAGCUGGUAGUGAAUAAACCGUGUUUUUUGCUAUGCAUUCA